GUGGAUCGGUGGAGGCCCGAGACACACACGUUCCACUUUCGAUGGGGAGAGAUGGCCCCUACUCUCCAGGACGUGUCUUUCUUACUGGGCCUACCGUUGGCGGGUCAGCCCAUAGGCCCGCUGGCAGAACCAGUGCUUUGGGAUGAAGAAAUGCGUGCACGUUUUGAGGGAACUCGUGCGGGCCAGACUGAGUUUCUCUGUGAGGACCACGGUCCAAAGUGUGACUGGUUACUGAACUUCGAGGUUUCACAGUUCACACCGCCGAUGAGUGAGGCACAAAUCACUAGGAGUCUCGAGGCGUACAUAUUGUGGCUGCUUGGGAAGGUCAUGUUCACAGAGAACCAUCAGACCACCAUCAGCAGGCGCUUCAUCCCCAUUGCACUGGAGAUAGCAGAGGCACAAACCGCCGACGACAUCAUACAGCGGAGUUGGGGUUCCGCGGUUUUAGCAGCCACAUACCGAGGUUUGUGCAAUGCUUGUACACUUGUCUCUCCCAAGUCUGGGAUUCUUGGCUGCCCACUGUUCUUGCAGCUAUGGUCCUGGGAGAGGUUCCCGAUUGGUCGGCCAGACAUAGAUGCUGAGCGCCCUUUUGGGGCAAACGAGUUGGCUGAUCCGGACCACAUCGACAUGCCUACUUUCGGCAUACUUUGGACACGUCGCGAGGUAUGUAGACUGUCGAACAUAGUUCCUUCGUAAUUUAUAGUUUUGCACGAGUACUGACUAUUUCUCUUUGCAGAGACGAUUUGCUCGCGACCAGGUCAGGAACUGCUACCCUUCGUUCACCGAGCAGUUCGACGUGCUCGAUGAUAGGGCGGUGAUCUGGCAGCCCUAUAUGGCCGCCGCCGUGCAUGAAAGGUACCCCGGCGGGAUCUCUAACCUCUGUUAUAGAGAUUGUGCGUACUGGAUGACACAGUCGAAGAUCAUCUUCGAUGUGUCCGUGGAGAUAAUGGCCCAGCAGAGGAUCAUGAGGCAGUUCGGCUCUCGGCAGCUGGUCGAUCCUCCACCACCGAUAGCACCUCUCCCUGCCUACGUCCACAAGUACAACAGGAAGGGUACUAGCCACUCGUCGACAUGGUGGCUUCAGCGCGUUGGCUCGUAUGUUGCUGAGUGGGAUGGCGCGACAACACACGUCUGGCCGAACGAUGAGCAGUUUGACCCACAGGAGUUUGCCGCAUAUCUGCAGAGGUACACUGCAGCCACGCGAGUGCGCCUCAUCGCGCCGACUGAUCCAGCUCAGGCGCCACCUGCGUCUAUGCACGAUAUGUACCCGACUCAGUCCACAGCCGGUAGUCGACAGCAUGCGGGUCAGCUGACUGCGGACUUACAGGAUGAAGUCGCUCGGUACACACGUCAAGUGUCCAGUGCACCUCUUCUGCAGCGUGACCAACAUGUGUCCUGGUUGAGGCGUCUCGAGGACAAGCUACGCGGGAUCUACUCGGCUAUCACAUGCAGCCGUAGUUCCGACGUCGUUCAGCGCCACCUCCUUCCACCGCGACCCUCCACACAGCAGCAGCGACGGCCACAUCUCACACCGACCGCAACACCCAGACCACCACCUCCCGAUCGGGCGGGAGGUUCGUCGUGGCAGCAGCACACUCCUUCCGUCGACGACUAUCAGUACCAGCACCACGGAUCACGGCCACGUCUCACACCGACGCCGACACCCAGACCACCACCUCCUGACCAGGCAGGAGGUUCGUCGUGGCAGCAGCAGCACACUCCUUCCGUCGAUGACUUUCAGUACCAGCGUCACGGUUUCUUCGACGACUUUCAGCAGCAAGCUGCUUUCGACCAGUGGCAGCAACAGCAGGCCCCUUUCAUGGGAGGAGCAGGAUACACACAGGGAUACUCGCAGCACACUGCGUCCAAUCCUUCAUGGGGAGCUAGUGAUCAGGAUCCUGAGCACAUGGAGUACUACAGCACGCAGCAGAACUAUGUCGGUAUGCAGACUCCUCCACCACAGCCCACACAGGAGACACAGUACGACCCCGAGUCCGGGUCCUGGAUCCCUGCUCGCAUAACCAGGGCCCCGGACAGGUUCGGUUGGACACCCCGUACUACGCCGCCUCCACGAAACCCCAGACGCCGUCCAUAGUCUCAGACAUUUAUGUAUCUAUGUAUCAGACAUUUAUGUAUGCAUCACCUAUGUAUCAGACUUCAUGUAUGAACUAUGUAUCAGUAU